UACUUUUGUAAAUUCUGAUUUACUUGUCGAACACUGACAGUGUGCGGUUUGUUGAUAGGCUACUGGUGUUAGUACGCUAAAAGUCUGCAGCAAAGACUUCCUUUUAACAUUUAUAAGAUCCUUUUGCACUUCCGAAAUUUCAAAGAGUAGUUCAGGGCAAUGCAGAACAUGCAUAGAAAGGAUUCUGGUGUAAAUGCACAUUCAAUGUGCACAUAUGCUGUCAGCAGCUCGUCUUUGGGCAACUCAACUGGAUCUCAGGUCCUGCAAUCUUCCAUGCCUGAAAGUUUAAGCCUGAAGAUGGGAAUUCUGGCUCAACACUUUCAUAACACCAAACAGCUGAGUUUUCAAAUCCUGGACCAGGACUCAUCAUCAACUCAAUCAACUGGUCAAUCUUGCCCAGAAGCAACUGGUGCUGGAGACAGCAAUAUUUAUGGGCAAAGUCUAAUUUUACCAUCGUCAGGGGUUAAUGGAAUUCAUGGGAAGUUUGUUGGAAGCCAUGCUAAAUUAGCCUCUUUAACAGGACAACAAGACUAUGCCGUCCCUCCUGCACAAGUUGAUUAUAGCAAAUCAAUUUCACAUAUUCCUCUCCAUUAUGCCAAACCAUAUUUUGACAGUGUAGCAACGACAGCUUAUGAAUCGCAAGCUUUGAUUCAUCAUGCUCAUAUGAUGGCAAUGCUUCGUACUCGUGUUCCGCUGCCACUGGAUCUUAAAGAAGAUGAACCGAUUUAUGUUAAUGCAAAGCAGUAUCAUGCUAUUCUCAGGCGAAGACAAUAUCGUGCAAAGCUCGAGGCUCAGAACAAACUCAUGAAAGUUCGGAAGCCGUAUCUGCACGAGUCUCGCCAUCUUCAUGCAUUAAAACGAGCUAGAGGGAGCGGUGGGCAAUUUCUCAACACAAAGAAACUCCAACAAUCCAAGAGCAUUCUGACAAGCCACGGACUGGACAUGUCCAGGUCACCUCAACUACAUUUGUCUGCAAACAUCUCCAAAACAGAAGUUCCUCAGCGGGCAAAUUUCAAAGAUGCUGCUUUGGCCACUUCUUGCUCCGAUGUCACAAGUGCCUCCAACAGUGAUGAAGUGUUUCAGCAGCCAGAUUUCAAGUUCUCAAGCUAUCCUCCUGAUCAUAUAAGUCAUGCCGGAAAUAUCCACGGUGAUGGGAACCUCCAUCAUCUUUCUGGUCUUGGCUGAUAGACAAGAUUGAUUCUUGUUUGAGCAGUUCGAUGCUGACGAAAAACACGGCUGCUUAGUUCCCAUGGGAAGUCAUCCUUGGCUCUGUUUAGUUUUACUUGUCCUGUCAGCAGACUGUUAAUAAACCGUGAACAUUAUGGUCACAUUACUUUAACAUAAACGCAUGCAUGCCUUGCCAAUUGCCA